UGUUUCUGCUGCCUGAGCCAGAUGUUGUCAAAGCAAACUGUUGGAGGCGACUGAAGUAGCUCACCAGGUUUUAAAGAUGUCCAUCUCCGUGGCUACAGAGAAGGGAGUGACUGUCGUCGCCAUUGCAACCGACAGUCAGAGCAUGUUGCCACCAUGGUGUCAAAUCAUCAAGGCCCUCUUCUCCUGUCCGUUGGGCCGUUCGGUGAAAAAUGUGAUGAUGCCGAGCAGCGUGGUCGUCGCUCUCGGGACUGUGCAGGUCAUGGUCGGCUUGUUCAACAUCGGACUCGGACCAGAACGUGUAGAAGCUUAUCCUUACUGGCUGGGUGUUUUUUUCACUGUAGCCGGAGCCGUGUCGAUUUUUGCCGGCAGGUUUCCUUUGCCCUGCCUGGUGGGCUUUUCUAUCGUUGUCAACAUAGCUGGAUCCAUCCUCUCCAUUGUUGCUGUUGUGCUGUACGCUCUACAUUUGGCCAGUUUCACUGUGGUUCAGAUGUGUGCGAUGCAGGAUGAUAGGAACUCCGAAAACUGCAUCUUCUUGGCUGGAUUAGCUCAGAGACUGCUGAGAGCCGUGGACAUCACUAUGAUCGUCAUGUCCGUCCUCCAGCUCUGCGUCUGCAUCAGCCUCACAGUUCUGAGCAUCAAGGCUUUGUGCUACAGAGGGAAAGAUCAGGAUGUCACAGAUGUGGAGAUGCAGCCACUGUUGGAGGAAGAUCACCUCACCAGUCCUGGACCUUAAAACUAAUUAAUCUGGUAAAAUUAUGGGGAGCCAAAGUUGGUCAGGGGAGCCCGUCACCCACAAAGCUCACCAGUCAAGCUUCAGUAAGCUGCUCUUAUCCUCAGAGAACUGCUGCAUCUAGAAACCGCCUGCUUAUGUACAUUUUUGGAUCGAAAUAUAAAUGCACCAUUAAGCACUUUAUUAAAUGCAAAAUAAAUAACUCAAAAAGUGUCACUAAUCCUGCAUGAUAUU